CAUGACAUGACAUGCGGAAGCAUUCCGAUGCAUUUUUAUGAAAAAUCCGGGGUCCGAAACGAAUAAUUCGAAGGUCGGGAGGUUUGUAUAAAUUGCUUUGGGACCCAUUGGAAGGCAUAGUUCGUCGCUAGCAGCCAAAUUAGUAAUACAACAUGAACGCACUCAUCCCUCUGUUCGCGCUAUUCGCCUUAGCCACCGGUUCCCCGUCGGGAAGCCACGUGUUGCAAGGCCCCAGCUCGAAGACUACCCUGGUCGGACCCGAAGGCAGCGUCAUCUCAGCCCACCAACCUGGAGGGACAGUCGUCCACGACGAGCACCCAGGGUACGCUGCCCAUGGACAUGACCACGCCGCCCCUCUAGUCUACGCUGCCCCUGUACAUCAUGCCGCUUACCACGUGCCGGUCGUUGGCCAUCAUGGGCCAGUCGUCGCCCAUGGACACGGAGCUACCGUAAUCAGCGGACCCGCUGGACACAUUGUCGCUGGCCAUGCCGCCCAUGGAUAUGCCGCCCAUCUCCCAGUGGUUGCUUCUCAUGUGAUCGCUCCCCACCAUGCUCACGAAGGCCAAUACGUUCAUGAUUACACCGAGACUCUUUACGACGACGGCUCAUACAAGCCACAUUUGUACUAUUGAGAUGUUUAGGAUGAUUACCGUAUAAUGGUGUGUACAAAG